AGAUGUAACUAGCAAAUUUGUCAACAACGACUAACAGCUCUUUUUCCAUACAACACUUAGCGGAAGUCUUGAGAGAGAGAGAAUUUCUCAAGAGGAAACUUUCCUCAGUGUCCCAUUGUCCUCUGUCAUGGUCCCUAGAAAUUUCUUCUGCUGUCUCCUGCUAACGGCCACCAUAACAGAGCGUUUUGACAGAAGCAAUGCCUUGGAAAUAGGCUUAUUAGCCAAUACCUCGGAAGUUAUCCCGCCGAAGUCUACCAACGCCUCGGAAGCCGCCCGCCCAAGGAGCAAUGUCUCGGAGAUACUGCCCACCAACUGCGGGCUGGCCGCCCAAUCUCGAAUCGUGGGUGGCAUCGAAUCUGAAAGCAUGCAGUGGCCGUGGAUUGUGAGCGUGCGAUUCGCGUGGGGCCAGCACUUCUGCGGCGGGUUCCUCGUGACGGAGUCCCACGUCAUCACAGCGGCGCACUGCGUCAGCUACUUCAGCAACUUGCCGCAGCACCUGCGGAUUGCUGCGGGCACCACCAAGGCCGAGGAGGAGGUCAUCGUUGCUACGGUCAAGGCCAUCAACAUCCACCCGUCCUUCGGCAACACGAGCGCUUUCGACUCCGACGUGGCCGUUCUCGAACUGGCGCAGCCCUUCAAGUUCGACUUGCUCGUGGCCCCCGUGUGCCUCCCCAAAAAGGACGCUUCCGUGGGACAACCUGUAGUGGCUGUGGGUUGGGGCAAGACCAGCGAAGAGGAGGAGUCCUUCAGCCCCGUCCUUAAUCACGUGGAAAUAAAAGUUCUCGAGAUGGAGAAAUGUUCAUCCUCGUAUGAAAAUCUGUUUAAUGAGAAUAUGAUCUGCGCCGGCAGCUUAGAGAGAAGCCUCGACUCCUGCUUGGGAGACUCCGGCGGGCCCUUGUUGGCUGUGGGCAGCGAUGGGUCCUGGCAAGCCCUGGCUGUCAUUAGUUUUGGGAAGGGCUGCGGGAACCCGAAUUUUCCCGGAGUUUAUACCAAUCUCUAUAGGUUUACCGACUGGCUGCAUGAAGUGUUUCUUGGAAAAUAAAGAAUUAUGAAUUUU